GCUAGGGACGUUAAUAUCCACUCCGUCUGAGUUCUUGUCAUACUUGAAGGUCUAUGAACUCGAUUUAAACAAGAACACUUGAGAUGCGAAAGUGAAAAGUGAUCGCUAUGAUGCCUAAGAUCGCCUGUAUCGGUGUAAUCGGUAAAGCCGACAACCCAAUACAUAUAGCAUUGUUCCCUCCAUAUCGCAACUCGGCUAUCGAGUUCUCCUUCCUAGUGAACUCCUGCUUGGAUAUCGUUGAGAUAAGGCGCAGACAAACGUCCAUUGACCAGGAUCUCGGCCUUUUGCACGCCGUGGACGAAAGCUUGGCGGCGUACGGAUGGCUCACCACGACAGGAGUGAAACUGCUAGUUAUAGUUGAUCUAGUCGGCGAAAUAGUUAGCCCAGAGGGGCUCGGGGCAUCAUCUAGGACUAUUCUCAAAGUGCCUGACCUUAGGCCGGUCUUCCGUUCUCUUCAGCACGCUUAUGUUCAACUAUUGCAGAAUCCAUUCUAUACCCCGACUGGGCACUCUGAUACCGUCAAGCCUUCUGCUCAGGUGUCUAGCUUUCCGCAGGUCGCAGACAAAAGAUUUGUCAGGGAGAUUUCACGAAUUGGUGAGUCAUGGGCACCAUUUAUGUCUCCACACUAGGAAGGUCCCGCUAGAUCAUGGCAAUUGUGAUCGUCAUCUCGGAGUGAGUAGCAUAGUUCAACAAAUAUUUGAUCUCGGAUAGUGCCGCUCAGUCGUGGUAAGAGCAAAGGCGGACUUGAAGCCAAAGUUCCCUAGCACCUGCAUGCUACUAGAAUAUCCAUUUG